AUGUCUUCUCAUCAACGUCUCUUGUCUUCCACGAGCAGACGCGCGCUCUCUCGAUACGCGUCGACGAGUUAUUUCUCAUCUGCUGGUUCCUCUCAUUCGUUUUCUUCGGUAGGAGCAGCACAACACCACUUGGUCUUUAAGAACAACAACAUUAACAACAUUAACAACAAAAAGCAUGUAUUCAGCACGACGACGGGAAGUCACGACGAUUUUGCGGCCAAGUCGCACGUGGACGCGUCGAACGCGCACGAGGAAAUCGCCUCGGACGUUGCGAAAGAAACCGUGGUGAUUUACAUGAAAGGAAGUCCGAACGCCCCUCAGUGCGGUUUUUCAAACGUCGCCUGUCGCAUUUUAGACCACUACGGGAUCCCGUACGCGUCAAGAAACGUGUUAGCCUCGGACGCUUUAAGGAACGGAAUCAAAUCGUUUUCCAACUGGCCGACGAUUCCGCAAGUCUUCGUCGGCGGGGAAUUUUUGGGAGGGAGCGAUAUUUUGAUGACCAUGCACCAAGACGGGAGCUUGAAGAAAGAGUUUGAGAGAGUUGGGUUGACCGUGAAAACGACCGAAGGGUCGGAUUAA